GUCAAACCAGUACUCUUUAAAUUCAGAGCCCGACGACUAUCGCUUGCCUGUAACUCGAAGCAAAGCUUAAAUUUAGUCGUAAGAGAAAAUAAACGCUGAUUUUUACUUGCAGGGCCUUCAACUUCAUAGAUUUACGAGAAAUGGGAGAACAAAGCGAAAUCCUAAUACCCAGAGUGAAGCUGGGAACCCAGGGAUUAGAGGUAUCCAGAUUAGGUUUUGGAUGUAUGGACCUCACUGGAAUUUAUAACUCUCCUGUAUCUGAUGAAGAGGGUAUUUCCAUCAUCAAAGAGGCUUUUAACAACGGUAUGACCUUUUUUGACACCUCUGAUAUCUCUGGACCCCGUAUCAAUGAAAUCCUCGUUCGCAAGGCAUUGAAGGAACUUCCACGAGAAAAGAUCCAAUUGGCCACAAAGUUUGGGAUUGCAGAGCUUAAUCAAGGAGGCAGUCCUAUCGUCAAUGGCAAGCCAGAGUAUGUGAGAGCUUGCUUGGAAGGGAGUCUCCAGCGGCUUGGAUUGGAUUACCUUGAUUUGUAUUAUCAGCACCGUAUUGAUCAAACUGUGCCAAUUGAAGAAGCAGUUGGAGAACUUAAGAGGUUGGUUGAGGAGGGUAAGGUGAAGUAUAUAGGGCUAUCAGAAGCAAGUGCGGAUACAAUCAGGCGAGCGCAUGCUGUUCACCCAAUUAGUGCAUUGCAAAUAGAGUGGUCUCUCUGGACUAGAGAUAUCGAAGAAGAGAUAAUCCCACUUUGCAGAGAGCUUGGAAUUGGAAUAGUCACAUAUAGCCCUCUUGGUCGUGGCUUUUUUGGUGGUAAAGCAGUUCUUGGAAGUGUGCCUGCCAAUAGUUCACUGUUUCUAUCUCAGAAUUCACAUCCAAGAUUCAGUGAAGAAAAUCUAGAGGAAAACAAGAAACUUUAUUUGUGGUUAGAGAAAUUGUCUGCAAAGCUUCAAUGCACAACAGCUCAAUUAGCUUUGGCUUGGGUCAUUCAUCAAGGAAAUGAUGUUGUUCCAAUCCCAGGCUCCAAGCGCCCAAGGACUGAUGAUGCAGCUACGGAAACCGUCCCCACGGACUGAACUUAUCGUUGGCUAUCAAUCCAGAAUAUAUUCAGAGAUUAAUAAGCUCAGGAGUACUUGGAUAUCAACCGCCUGUUUCGCGAAGAACACCAGAAGCUCGUUAUUACGAGAUAGAUCUGGAUGCUUUCAAGAGGGCAAUGCAGAGAAUUCUGUUAGCCUAUUUAGCCUGGAAGCUAAGUGAGCAAGGAAAACUCACUGAUGACGAAGUAGACACUGAAGUCGAUCGGAUAGCACCAUUAAUUGUCGAUGCUUGCAUCACUGCUCUUUAUAGCAAGAUGAGUGUUAUACAUAGACAAUAUGGCAGAGACAUGACUCCUUUUGUCAACCCGCCAACUUACGCUCCUGACGUUGAGCUUCCAUUACCUUUUGCAGAUGCAAUCCAGAACUUCGGAGCUUAUCAACCCCAGAAUGUUUUGACAAAUUUCAUCUACAUACCUGUCUUACCUGAUGGAAUCCAGAAUGAAGGACGAUCAACACAAGAAUGGAACGCGUACGUCCCAAUCUUGAAGUCUCUCGGAAUUCCUGUUAAAUCAGUUGAUACUCGAAUUAUAGUAGGUACCCCAUGGUGGCUUUACAAAGUAGAUAUUGUAAAUUCACAAUUCAAUCUACGUUGUAUCUUUCCGCCCAGCAACUACUCUGAUCACUCUGCACUUUGUGCGUCAAUGUUCAUUACCUUCGAUGAGCGAGGUGAAAAUUUUACACCAAUCGUCAAGCUGAAGGAUGAUGAUCCUGAUUACCCAGUGCGGUUCAGAGAAAUUGUAGUUGGUUUCCAACUUCGUGCAUUCUCUUCCCUAUGUCAUGCACCCAAAGUUGAAUGGAG